AUGCAACAGAAGGCAUACACUUCAGAUUACGGCAAAGGUCAGGCCUCCAUCGCCCAUCAGCUCCAAAGCCCGCGUUCAGUUAAACAGAACCGCGCCUUGCCCUCCAUUGCUUUGCACGCUGUGCUUUUGCUUCCCUUAACUGCGCAAAAAUGGAGGCGUGUGCUACUAGUCUAUACUUUUCCGCUAUCUAUGGUGCUGAGUGUGCCGCAGACUAUUUCCGGGAUUGCUGGUCCUGAUUGGUCACGGCGAUGACGGUCAGGCUCUCCUUCCGGGAGGACGUUUCCGGCGACUUCUGUAUCGUGGGGGUGAAGGGUUGCUGAAGGUGAGUGGAAUACGGCCGUCCUUUGGGGGACCCUGUUGAAUGUUUCCUAAUAUUGUGGUGGUAACGGGCCUUUUCUGUUCUUUAUUCCCCCGCCUUCUGUUGCGGCGCUGGGAUUCCUUGGUGUCCUAGCAGAGGUCCUUUUAAUGUUCCUUCAAGUUGGUUUGCCUCUGGCUGCGCCUUUAACAUGCAAGCAGAAGCCUAUAUAAUUGUAGAAGCUACAUCGCUGCCAUAUUUAUAAAGGAGAAUCCGCAUUAAUUUUAUUUCUCCUCCCCCCUUAUUGAAUGAAAAGAAUGGCGUGAGUUUGAGUUCAACAUCUAACUCUAUUUUGCUUACUUGAAAAUAAAGUAGUGAAUUCAUAGGGUUUACUCCCAGGUAAGUGUGUGCUGGUGUGAACUCCUCAUUGGAUUAUUGUUUUGAUGAAACUGAACCAUUCUUCUGUUUGUCUCUCAUCUGACCCUUCGCUAGCCAUAUAGCUUUGCUGCUCAGUUAGUGUUCUGAUUAUUUUCUCCCUAUUAAGCUUUCUUUCUGCUUUAUUAUUUUCUAGAAAGUAACAAUGGCUGCCCGCAGAUUUGCUCUGAAAGCAGUAGACUGGAUGGCAUUUGCUGAGCGAGUGCCUCCCAACCAGAAGCCCAUGUUUAAUGCCCUGAAAACACGCAGUGAUUCUCUGGCAGCCAAGUGAGUAUGUGCAAAGGGCACUGUGGAGCUAUGUUUGCUAAUUUCACUUUUUCUUGUGUCAAAUGCCUUGGUAUUUGUGCAAGGUUGGUGCGAUCAGGCUAUGUGCUAGCAGUAAUAAAUUAAUAGAAUGCCUUGUUUGGUUAUAUCUUUACAAAUUACUUUGAACCAGUCACUGGUUUGUUAAGCCAUAUACCAGGUGUGGGGAACUUCCAGCCUGCAGUCCACAUUAGAUCUAUGAUGCUAUUUGGGGCAGGCCACACUUACCUGUAAUAUCCUGUGUGCAGCACUUCUCAAGCACCUGGCACCCAGCUGAUUGUCAAGUGUUUGGGAAGCAGUGUGCAAAGCACUUUGUAGACCUUUUGCCCAGCACUUUCUAAGUGCCAAGCACAGGGCUUGUGAAGCUUGCUUAGGCCUGGACGCAGUACUUCUCAAUCACUUAUCAAUCACCUGUUUGUUGGGCAUUUGGGAAGUGCAGUGUGUAGGGCUGAGCAAACUCUUUGAUAGAUGCUAAUUCCCUGGUGUCAUGAUAAUCCGGCCCAGCUAUCAAAGUUGGCUCCCAGGUGUGGGUGGGGAGAUUAAUCCCUGGCCCACCAGGCCAAAAGGGUUCUUCACCCCUGCCAUAUAGUCCACAGCUCUUUGCUCCAUUCAUUGUUGCUGAGAUCAGCCUAUUAAAGUGAUAUACAAAUUUCAUUUUGUUCUUUUUGGCAACUUUAUGGCAGUCCUUUCUGCUGCAGAUUAUAUUCUGUAUAUUUCUGUGAUAAGCAGAAUGUUAAAGGAAGAUGUGCCGGGGGUGGGGGAAUCUCUCCCCCUUGGAGGGCUGCAAUAUAUUAGGCAUCAUCUCCUGGGGGCUUCAUUCCAGUGGUGGGUCGAGUAAGAUGCAAAAGUAAGUGGAAUAUAGGGUGUAUUUCUAAUCUUUUUACAAUAGGCUUCAUUCCAGGCAUGCAAAAAGCCAGAGGUUUCUAUACAUAUGUCUCACUAUCUUUCGUCCAGGUAAGUAAGAGACAUACAGUAUUGUUGUUCAAGGAUGCAUUCCACCCAGGCAAAAGGACUCAGAGGCAGAGCUGGACUAAUGAGGGGUAUAUGGCCUGCUGAAGGGCACAGACUGGAGAAAGUCCCAAGGCCUCUGGUCCCCCGUCCCCCACUGUAACUGAUAUGGUUAAAAUUAUCUGAUUGACAUUAGUAAGAUUUGAGAUGUCACAUGCUGUUUCUGUGUCUCGACUGAAGUUUAGUUCUUUGCCUUAAGAUUUGACAAAACCCUUUUAUCAGCUUCUGGCAAAAGUGUAUCAGUCUACUAUUUUGGACUUAACUCACUAGUCAUUGUUAGUGUGUACGAUGAAUCUUGCAAGCUUCAUUAUUGCUGUUGAAUAGCUGAGAACAUUGGCAGCUAUGGUUAGCUAUCCUUAAGGAGGGUGACAAUAAUGGGAGAUGGCUACAGAACUAAGAAUUGCAUGAAAACUUUUUGAAGUUGUACUAAAUGUACUUUUCCUUCAUCUAAACAGGCUUGCUUCUUUGCCAGAGAACCCCCCAGCUAUAGAUUGGGCUUUUUACAAGACUGCAAUUGCUGAUAAGGCCAUGGUAGAUGAAUUUGAGAAAAAGGUGAGGUUGUGUUAUGCUACUUCAAAUGUUUCAGAACCUAAAUAAGGCACUGCAUGUCACACAGUCUAGUGUAUAUUUUUAGGACCCAUCUUACCUUUGCGAUUGUAAGUUUUUUUAAAUUGCUUUUAAUACUGUGUUUUAGUGUUGUAACCUGCCCUGGGACCUUAGGGUGAAGGGCAGGUAAUUAAUAAUAAUGAUAAUAAUGAUAAUAAUAAUAAUAGAAAUCACCCUGGGUGUAGUAAUUAUUUCCUUCUGGGUAAUUUGACACCAAUGUUGCAGCUGCAUGGUGCUGUGCUCAUAAAAAACAACAACAGCAUUUUCUUGUCUUUAGCCAAUUAGUACAUUUCCCACCAACCUCUGCCUUGUGGAUAGGCUAGAAAAGCUAAACUUGAAGCAAUAAUGCUGAUUUUUAUUUAUUGUUGGAUAUGAACCGGGCAAGUAUGUGUAUCAAUAUAGAUGGCUCCAGAGAACUUUGGUAUAUAAAUCCAAUAAAAUGAAUGAAUGAAUGAAUGUCUGGCUUUCUUCAUGUGGGACAGCGAUAAAUGUAUGAAAAUGCAACCCAGAGAAGUUAGAGGACAUUGAAACAUGUUAACUCUUUAAGAAUGAAUCUGGAUGGUGUGCAUUUGCACUAGCUGUAUGAGAACUGUCAUUCAUUGAAAUGACUUGGGUACUGGCAAGCAAACUCUGUAAAAUCAGCUAAUCUCUGUUAGUAAUCGGCUAGGCUUUCAGGUGGCUUGUUCCCAGUGUAGCCCACUACUUUAGACCGGACACUUGGUCUUGACCCGCACUCGGAUGGAGAGGAUUGAACUGGGAGGCUAGAAAGUGCAAAUCAUACACUGCCACUGAGUUAAGGACCUCUUACAACUAAAGGGAAACAGACAGGACUUGGAAAAGGUAUCUCUGACUGCAUAUAUGUCACUGACAGAAUUGGACACAACACAUUUAAAAUACUUUUCCCUCAAAUUUCACAGUUUAAAGCACUCAAGAUUCCUGAGCCUGUGGAUACCCAGACAGCUAAGAUAGAUGCCCAAGAAAAAGAGGCUGUAAGUGUGGUUUUUGUGUGCCUUUGUUCAGUUAUAUUUUGUGUAUACCGCUUCGGUAAAUUGUGUUAGACAUUAUUCCCUGCUCACCACUUACUAUAUUCCGCUUGUGAUCGGCAAUACUUCUGAUUUUCGUCUGCUGGUAUUUAUUUAUAUAGUUUUUAUAUUGCUUAAUGCAAUAAUAAUCUCUAAGCAAUCCUUGUCUGCAAACUAUUGUAGUUGAUGCACCAACCAAAGUUGUUAAUGGUUACUCUGAGCCAACGAGGUCACUUGGGCUACCACUGCUAGCAGCGGAUCUAGAACACUCCCGUGCUAUAUACCUCCUUCAGAGAGAGGGCAACCACAUCCAGAUUCUGUAUGCAACCCAAUUCCCAGACUUGGGAACUGCCUACUCAUAGGGUCUCUGUCUUGCUAAGAGUCAUUUGCAGUUUAUUAGCCUCUGACUGCAUCCUGGUAGUGGUCUAGGGCUUGUUCAGAUAUUACUGAGAGAUAAACCUGGAUAUCAUCAAGAUACCUUGCCCCAAAUCUCCUAAUAAGCAUCCACCAUGGCUUCCUGAAGAUAGCACUAGGGACAAAAUUGUGAUUUGGGGCAUCCCACAGAUUAACUGGCAGGGUGUCAAGACACAGUCACCAAUAUUUUUCUCUGGAACUGACCCUGUAAGUAGGAGUGAAAUCUCCAUAAAGCAAUACCCCCCUACUCACAGAUGGUCCAGGAGGAUACUGUAACCAAAGAUAUCAGAAGCAGCUGAGAAACUGAGAAUUAAUAGGGUUGUGCUCCCCCUGUCUCUGCCCUGAAGGAGGUCAUCUAUUGGAGCACCCAAGACUAAAUUCUGUCCCGAAGUCAGGCCUGAACCCAAACUGGAAAGGGGUAAGAUAACUGGAAUGUAGGGGCAUGUCUAAUGCAAAGGCUGCAAGCCUCAAGGUGAUAGUUUGCAUUAUUAUAGGCAAGAGAAAAUGCAGUUUGUGGUGCAGAUGGGCGGGGUAUAAAUAAUAAAUAUUAUUAUUAUUAUUAUUAUAACAUCACUAAUAUGCGAAGUGAAUAAUUUGCUGUGUUGCAGGACAAGAGUGCUGCUGCUUUCAUACAAGCCUCUAAGCAACGUGUUGUUGAGCAUGAGAAAGAGGUAAGUUGGUGAUUUUCGUGGUGUAAGUAGUCUGCUCCACCACGUUGCGUUCUCCUAAUAAAGAUCUGUUCUUUUUAUUUUAAGUAGUCUUCUUCAUAAUGUACUAAUGAUGGGCUAUUGUCUUUUCUUUUCAAGCUUCAGAAGGUUAGAAGCAUGAUUCCUUUUGAUCAGAUGACAAUGGAAGAUUUCCAAGAGGCAUUUCCAGGAAGUAGGUUGGACAAAGAAAAAUACCCAUUUUGGCCACACAGGCCUAUUGCUGAAUUGUAA